CUUCAUUCCUGCCUGGCGAGGCACGAAGGCUGUGAGAACACAGCCAUGGGGGAUCCAGGGGGGAAGAGGUAUAAAGAGAAGCUAUUCUCUCACGUCUACAAUAUGGUCUACAAGGACGACAAGCUCGAUCUCAGCUACAACGACAACGACGACGACGACUGAAUCUCAUCUGAACACAAAUGGGCACUGUCACUUACCGCGACGGCAUUGCCAUCAUCCAGCUUGCUGUCUUCCCUGUUCUGCUCCUCUGUGCGGUAUUCAUCUGGAAACGGACCGGCUGGAAGGCUGCCGGCUCGACCUGGCGAUUCGUCAUCACGCUCUCUCUCCUGCGGAUCAUCGGCGCGAUCUGUACGUUGGUGACGAUUAGCAACCAAUCCACCAGUCUCUAUAUCACCGUGGCAGUCUGUGAGCUGAUUGGUAUUGCUCCUUUGACCUUGACCUAUAUCGGACUGUUGAAGCAAAUUGGUAUAAAAACAAAGCUUCAUCGAUGGUUCCUCCCUGGAGUUUCACUCACCAGCUUGACCGGCCUCAUCCUCGGUAUCGUAGGAAUAAGCAUCUACAAUGACACAACGGGCACCUUCCACGCCACGGGGAUCGUCAAGGCAGCCCUGGUGAUCUUCCUCGUUGUCUUUGCCGUCGUCCUCCUGACAGCCGUCUGGCUCUUCCUGCAGCUUCGUCAGUCCGGCAUAACCGCCGUGCAGAAGAAGUUGUUCCUCGCCAUCGCCUUUUCCUCGCCCUUUCUUCUCGUUCGCAUGGUCUACGCCGCCAUCGGCGAUUUCGCUAAUGACCCCCGUUUUGUCGUCUUCACGGGCAAUGCCACCAUCUAUCUAUGCAUGGACGUGCUCGAGGAGAUCAUCGCCGUCGCCCUCUGCGUGGGCUUUGGCAUGUCUGCGGUGUUUGAGAACGAACAUGAACAACGCCUAGCGAGAAGAGGCGAGUUUCCAGUAGGCUCUGAGGCUAAAGCAUAACUUUCUCCAAGAUUUAGCCUUAUCUUGAUUUGUUAAAUAGAGCAAGUAAUAUAAGAG